AUGGAUGGCGUGAAAUUUGCUCUUUCUUCGAUUAUUGCACUAGGAGAAAAGCUUAAAAUAAGUGUAUCACGCAUCAGAAACGACAAGUCACCGGAUGUAAUUAAAAAUCUUCAAAAUGCAAUAAACGAAUUUGAUUCAAAAAUCUACAAUUUUCAAGAAUUAGUACCAAAAACGAAAGUAAAAGCUGAGCCAACUCCAACUCAAGUAACACAAAAUCUCGUUGAAGGCUUUGAACAUAGAAAAGAAAAAGUUUAUUCCCGUUACUCUGAAGAAAUCACUCAAAUCAAUCAAAGAUACAAAAACUUACGUAAACAGAUUGUUUCCAAUACAGAACAAUACUGCAACAAAGUUUUCGAAAUUGAAGAAAAAUUUAAAGCUGAUAUUGAGAAAAUGGAGAAUGAAAGAGACCAAGAAAUAGAAAGGAGAAGGUCCAUUGUUGAUGCCCAGAUCAAACAAAUCGAUGACAGACUUCGGCCGAUAAAAAAGGAAUUUAAGAUCAAAACACAAGCGAAAAUCGAAGAGGUUAAUCAAUUAAGCGAGAACACAUACAAUCAUUGGCAAGAAUCAAUUGCAACAACAAAACAAGCAAUUAUCGAUGUCGACAAGGAAUAUGCUGAGAAGGAAGAGUUUUUCAUUACAAGUGAACAAGACAUAAUUAAUGGAUUUAAUAAAAAGUGUGCAGAAAUACGAGAUGUUCAGGAUGUCGAAAUUAAUAAAAUUAUUGACGAAAAAAAUGAUAUUAAGAAGUUGAUUCAUAGAGAAAAGGAUAAAGUUUUAUCACUAAAAGACAGAGAAAAUAUGACUGUUCAAGCUUACCAUUCAAAUUAUACAGGAAUGGUUGCAAAAUUAUCUAAACACCAUACAACACAAAUGAAGAUACUCGAAAUCAAGAUAGCUGAUGCAAAACAAAAGGCUAUCAAUCUAACAAAAACUUAUAAUGAACUCACACAAAAAUUUAGUUCUGAAAUCUUAGUUAAUACUAAUGAAGUAGAUGAUGCUGUUCAAGAAGUACUUGAUAAACGACCAAAGCUAGUUGAUGAUGCUAUUAAAGAGAAAACAGCAGAAUUUUUGAAACAAAUUGAAUUAUUAGAAUCAAAAGUCAGCUCUUUACAAGCUGAAAUCAACUCGAAUAUCAAGGAAGCCAAUGAAAUCGUGUCUAGAGUCCAUAAAGAGAUGAAUGACCGAUUAAAUCAAAUUCAAGAUGCAAAUGAUAAAGAAGUUCGUGAACUAAGCGACGAAAUCACUAAAAUUGUUCAAUACAAGAGUAAGAUAGAAGGAGAAGAGAAGACUCUCAAAGAUUCUACCGAAAUUAUUUUCCAAUCUCAGCUAAAUAACCUGAAUUUCACUUUUACUGCCAUGAAAAGAAGGCAUGCUGAAGAAAUAGAAACAGUUACUGCUAGAGAAAAACCAGUUGAAGAGUUUAUUGACUAUGAUAAGUUGUUAGAAGACGAAAUAAACAAGAUUGACACAGAAUACAGACAAGAAGAAGCUGCAUAUGAAAAGGAAAAGUCAGUUUUGCUUGGAGUCAAAGCAGAAGAAGACAAAUCUCGCGGAUACCUCGAAACUCGUAAGCAAAAUGCUCCGGAAAUCACAUCCAUGAAAGAAACAGCCGAUGAACUUAAAACAAAACUCCAUGAUGUUACUCUCCGAGCCGAUUCUGGAAAAGCAGCUUCCGCAUCUCAACUUGAAAGCGAUAAAAAAGCCUUGGAAAUGAAAUUAAACGCAACAAUAGCCCAAAUAGAACGUCAGCAUCAAGAUAAAAUGAACAUGUUGCGUAAAGAAAAAGAAGCAUUUCAGAAUCAGUAUGAAAAAACACUUUCUCUUUUCGAAGAGACAGAAAAAUCAAACAACGAAGCAAAAGUAAGGGCCAAACUCGCAGACGAAAUGAAUGCAAGGAUCCCAGAACAGAUGAAAGAAGAAGCUAAAAAGAAAAGAGAAGAAUUACUCGAAACUUAUAAAGACCAAGCAUUUGAUGUCAACAAGAAACUAUCAAAACUCGAAGCACAAAAGAAAGAAGUUCAAGAAAAGACAGAAACGACAGUUAAAAGAGCAGAAUACUUGAGACAACAGAUCAGCCAAAGAAAGAUGGAAUACGAGAACACGUUAAAUGAGGGAAUAAAACAAUUAGAACAUGAAUAUGAAGUUAAACAUAAAGAACAAGACCAAAUCAUCGAAAAAAUGAGAGAAACGUAUAAACAAAACAAAGACUCAUUGCUCAAUGAAAUCAUUGAUAGAUCUAAGUCAGCAGAUGCUCUUUUGGAGAAGGUAAACAAGAUAGAAAAGAACAGUGAAAUGGACAUUCAGAGAUUAAUUGAAGGAAAAAUUGAUGAAUUAACAGAAGAACACAUGAAGAAACAGAACGAAAGAAGAGAUAUCCUGUCGAUAGAAACGAAGAAACUACAAACAGAGAUUGAUAAUGUUUUGUUCGAAAUAAAGAAGGAAAAGAAUUGGAAAACACAAGACAACAGAAUGCUUUUGACAAGGAAAUUCGAAGAAAUGGAGAAAGAAAUGAAAAAGAAAAGCGAAGAAGUCGACAAGUUGAAUGCAGAGAUAGAGAAACUCAAAGUUAAAUUAGAUUCACAAACUAACUCUCCUUGCAAGAACUGUCCAAAAGUUGCAGAAGAAAUCGAAUUCGUUAAGAAAGACAUUUUAGAUAUAGUUACGAAAAUGCAGAGUUUAGAAGCAGAAGAAACAAACAGAAACUUCAUCGCAACACACUUCGGAACUAAAUCUUUACCACCUUUGAAAACUUAA